AUCAAACACAUGAUUAACCAUGUUCAAAUUGUUACUAUAUUAACCAUUGCAGGACUAAAACAUAUGUUUUUGAACAAGACUAAAACAUAUGAUCUCUUGAUUGUUUCAUUCUCCACCAUUAAAAAUCAUGCUUGCUUAUAUAAUAUGUAACUUGCCCUCAUUAGGUGAAACAUUUUCAAUGCCCAAACAACAAAAUGAAAACAAACAUGGAGACAUGUCCCUAAAGAUUCUCCAAUUCAACAAUACUCAAUUUUCACAGUUGUCACUAGAUUUUCAUCAGUAAAAAGAAGCUAAAAAGAAGAUGGAAGAUUAUUGGAACAUGAUUUGUGGAGACUAUGGUUAUGAUUUCAAGUUUAUAAAAGAUCCUUCUUCAUGCAUUAACCAUUUGUUGCUCAUUUUCUUUGAUUUGUUCAUGUUAAUGAUGAUGUUGUUCAUCAUCAUGUUCCGAAAGUUUUCCUCGAGACCCAUUUGCGGUCAAGUAAGAUAUUCAAACUUGCAGCUAGUUUCUGCCAUAACCAAUGGCUCUCUUGGACUGUUGCAUUUAUGCUUAGGAAUUUGGGUUUUAGAGGAAACAUUGAAGAAAACUCACAAAGCCUUUCCUCUUAACUGGUGGUUGCUAGAACUCUUUCAUGGCCUCACUUGGUUGUUUGUAACUUGUGCUGCAAGUCUUCAGAUAAAACAACUCUCAAAAGCAUGGAUAUGGUUAUUCUCCAUUCUCAUCAGUUUUGUUUCUGGUUUAUUAUGUGCUUUAUCCAUAUCCUAUACAAUUGGUAGCAGAGAACUAUCCCUUAAGGCAACUUUAGAUAUCAUAUCUUUUUUAGGAGCAUCUUUGCUUCUGUUAUGCACAUACAAAACAUGUAAAAGCGAUGAUGCUCGCAGAGACACAUUCAAUAGCCGGUUAACCCCAUUUGCAAAAGCUGGAUUCUUUAGUAAGAUGUCAUUUUGGUGGUUGAAUCCAUUGAUGAAAAAGGGUCAAGAAAAAACACUUCAAGAUGAGGAUAUCCCAAAGUUAAGAGCGUCCGAACGAGCAGAAAGUUGUUAUUUGUCAUUUGUAGAAAAAUUAAACAGACAACGACAGAAUGAACCGUCGUCGCAUUCAACAAUUUUUUGGACAAUAGUUUCAUGCCACCAGAGAGAGAUUUUGAUAACAGGAUUGUUUGCUUUGCUCAAGGUACUUGCUAUAUCUUGCGGCCCUCUACUGCUAAAUGCCUUUAUAUUGGUUUCUGAGGGUAAUGAAAGUUUCAAACAUGAAGGUUAUGUAUUGGCCAUAUCCCUCUUCUUCAUAAAGAUCGUAGAAUCCUUAGCACAAAGACAAUGGUAUUUCCGCAGUAGAGUUGUUGGGAUGAAAGUUAGAUCACUACUUACCGCAAAAAUUUAUAAGAAAAUAUUAAGGCUAUCCAAUUCUGCUAGAUUGAUUCACUCUAGUGGCGAGAUAAUGAAUUAUAUGACAGUGGAUGCUUAUAGAAUUGGAGAAUUUCCAUUUUGGUUUCAUAGGACUUGGACAACAAUUCUCCAAUUGUCUAUUGCUUUAAUAAUUCUUUUCCGCGCAAUUGGACUAGCAACACUAGCAUCAUUACCAGUGCUAGUUCUAACCGUGUUCUGCAAUGCCCCACUGGCAAAGUUGCAUCACAAGUUUCAUAGCAAACUUAUGGGGGCACAAGAUGAGAGAUUGAAGGCUAGUUCUGAGGCUCUAGUGAACAUGAAAGUGCUAAAGCUAUAUGCAUGGGAAACACACUUUAAAAACGCAAUAGAAAAGUUAAGAAAUGUGGAACUCAAAUUGCUUUUUGCGGUGCUAUUAAGAAAGACGUAUGUUGUCUUUCUCUUUUGGACCUCACCAGUUAUGGUAUCUGCUGCUUCUUUCCUAGCAUGUUACUUGCUGAAAAUUCCUUUGCAUGCAAGUAAUGUUUUCACUUUCGUAGCAACUUUACGCGUUGUUCAAGAGCUAAUUACAGGCAUCCCGGAUGUUAUUGCGGUAAUCAUUCAAGCAAAAGUUUCAUUUGCUCGGAUUCGUAAGUUUCUUGAGACACCAGAACUGCGUAGUUCAAAUUUCAAUAAUAGGGGCAUCAAUGACAACCUCAAAGGCUCAGUUUUAAUAAAAUCAGCCGACUUUUCAUGGGAAGGUAAUGAAUCAAAGCCAACACUAAGAAACAUCAAUUUGGACGUUAAACACGGGCAAAAGGUGGCGAUUUGUGGAGAAGUUGGCUCAGGAAAAUCAACCCUCUUAGCAACAAUUCUUGGAGAAGUUCCGAAUACAAAGGGAACGAUUGAUGUUUAUGGGAAGUUUGCAUAUGUUUCACAAACAGCGUGGAUACAAACAGGUACAAUACGGGGAAAUAUUUUGUUUGGAUCUGAGUUCAAUGAUCAAAGAUAUCAAGAAACACUUCAAAUGUCUUCACUGAUAAAGGAUCUUGAGUUGCUUCCCUGCGGUGACCUCACCGAAAUAGGUGAGAGAGGAGUUAAUUUAAGUGGAGGUCAAAAACAGCGAAUUCAACUUGCUCGAGCUCUUUAUGAGAAUGCUGAUUUAUAUCUCUUGGAUGAUCCAUUUAGUGCUGUUGAUGCACAUACUGCAAAAAGUUUGUUUAAUGUAAUGUUAACUUUUCUUUACGAUCUACAUGUAUACGCCAACUGUCAUUUUUUACUGAAAAAUGUCUUUGAAACUUCGCAGGAUUACAUCAUGGAAGGACUCAAAGGGAAAACUGUCUUACUCGUGACUCAUCAAGUUGACUUUCUCCCAGCAUUUGAUACUGUUUUGUUAAUGUCAGAUGGUGUAAUCCUACAAGCUGGUCCGUAUCACCGCCUAAUGACCGAAAGCAAAGAAUUCCAAGACCUUGUCAAUGCUCACAAGCUUACUGCGGGUUCAAACCAGCUCGUGAAUCUUACUUUUUCUCAGGCUUCUAGAAAUAUUACUCAAUCUUUUGUGAAAAAGCAGUGUGAAGAAACAAAUGGAAAUCAAUUAAUUAAGCAAGAAGAAAGAGAGAUAGGAGACACAGGGUUCAAGCCUUACUUACAAUAUCUGAAUAACACGAAAGGCUAUAUUUUCUUCUCCGUGGCUACAUUCUGUCACAUUGUUUUUGUGGUUUCUCAGAUUUUGCAAAAUACAUGGAUGGCUGCUAAUGUCGACAAUCCCCAUGUCACCACGUUGCAAUUGGUUUUUGUUUAUUUCUGGAUUGGAGCUUCUUCAAUACUUUUCAUGGUGAUCAGAAGUCUUCUCGUAGUUUUGUUAGGUCUUCAUUCUUCAAAAUAUUUAUUUUUGCAAUUGAUGAACUCUCUCUUUCGAGCACCGAUGUCUUUUUACGACUCUACGCCAUUAGGAAGGAUACUAAGUAGGGUCUCAUCUGAUCUGAGCAUUAUGGAUCUUGACAUGCCAUUUAGCCUCCUUUUUUCCGUCGGAUCCGCUAUAAGCUUUUAUGCUUGUCUUAUAGUUUUAUCAGUCGUCACUUGGCAAGUGUUGAUUAUUGUUAUACCAUUGGUAUAUGCUACAAUUCUAUUACAGAAAUACUACUUAGUCUCAGAAAAACAAAUGAUGCGGAUGAGCGGCACAACAAAAUCUUAUUUAGCUAAUCAUGUAGCUGAAACUGUUGCUGGCGCCGUGACAAUAAGGGCUUUUGAGGAAGAAGAUCGUUUUUUUAAGAAGAAUCUUGAUCUAAUUGAUAUGAAUGCUAGUACAUUUUUCCACUGUUUUGCCUCAAAUGAAUGGUUGACGCAACGACUUGAAACAAUAAGCGCACUUGUUCUUUCCUCUGCAGCACUUUGCAUGGUUAUACUUCCACCAGGGACUUUCACCUCUGGAUUUAUCGGUCUAGCUCUAUCUUAUGGCCUUUCAUUAAACAAUGCCUUAGUAUUUUCAAUUGGAAUUCAAUGCCGUCUCGCAGAUAAUAUAAUAUCAGUAGAGAGGCUAAAUCAAUAUAUGCAUAUACAAAGUGAGGCAAAAGAAAUAAUAAAAGGUAAUCGUCCUCCUUUGAAUUGGCCAGUUGCAGGCAAAGUCGAAAUAAAUGACUUGAAGAUACGAUACAGACCCGAUGGACCACUUGUACUACAUGGAAUCACAUGCACAUUUGAAGCUGGUCACAAGAUUGGUAUUGUUGGAAGAACGGGCUGUGGAAAGUCCACUCUUAUUGGUGCUUUAUUUCGUCUGGUGGAACCAGAAGGAGGAAAAGUUGUAGUUGACGGAAUAGACAUCUCGUCUAUUGGUCUUCAUGAUUUGAGGUCACGUUUUGGGAUUAUACCUCAGGAUCCUACUCUUUUUAAUGGAACAGUGAGAUUUAAUAUGGACCCUUUAUCUCAACACACUGAUCAAGAGAUAUGGGAGGUUCUCGGGAAAUGCCAACUUCGAGAAGUUGUCCGAAAGAAAGAAGAGGGUUUAAACUCCUCAGUUGUUGACGAUGGAUCAAACUGGAGCAUGGGACAAAGGCAGUUAUUUUGUUUGGGGCGAGCUCUUUUAAGGAGAAGUAGGAUAUUGGUACUGGAUGAAGCAACUGCAUCAAUCGAUAACUCAACUGAUUUGAUUCUACAGAAAACCAUUAGAACCGAGUUUGCGGCUUGUACAGUGAUCACAGUAGCACACAGGAUACCGACUGUGAUGGAUUGUACUAUGGUUCUCUCAAUCAGUGAUGGAAAAUUGGUGGAGUAUGAUAAACCGAUGAGCUUGAUGAAGAGAGAAGAAUCGUUGUUCAGGAAGCUUGUCAAAGAAUACUGGUCUCAUUUUCAGUCUGCAGAAUCGCAUUGAUGUAAAAUGUGUUCUAUUCCGCGACCUGAGAGUAGAAAACCAAACCUGAACUUAGCUGAUCAACUGGAAAACAAUUUGAGUAAACCAAACCGAACUGUCUCUACUUCACUCCAAAACGGACCAAACUGAAUUUACAGUUCGGUGCACGACAGUUCAAGUUUCUCAACUGAACCAAACUGAAUUGUACCAUCUGUAGAAUGAUGUAUGAACUUUAUUGAAAGAAUCUUGUGUGUUUUACAAAGCUUGGGUUCUUGCUAAUGAAAUUGAACUA